AUGACACCUGAUAUUGAAUAUCUGCUUUCUUUGGAAGCUGUGAGAGAGAGAGCGGGAAAAGUGUUUGAGGCUGCGAAGAAAGAUGAGCUUUCUCAUUUCACUUAUCAUGCUGAGAAGUUGCCUGAAGCUGCGGCUUUUGUUGCUUCUGUGAUCAAUCGUGAUUUUGGUCCCGAUAAUUUCGCAGCCAUUCCACCUCACGGUCGCUGGCAACACUUUGAAGUCGGCAAUGUGGCCAGAAUCGACAAUCUAAGCCGUGGAUGGAAACAGAACGGGUGUGACGAGAUGGAGCAAGCUCGCAGAUUGAUUGAUCUGUUUGUUGUUUCUGUACUUCUGGAUGCUGGCGCUGGCGACACGUGGAAGUUUGAGGAACCUGGAUCUGGAGACAUCUACACUAGAAGCGAAGGCAUUGCAGUGGCGAGUCUGUAUAUGUUCACCGAAGGCGCUUUUUCGACGACGGAGGGGGUGAAGCAUAUGGUUGAUGCAAGGGGACUUCAAAGCAUCAACGAGGAAACACUCGCCAAGGGCUUCCAAAUCACCCCGUCGAACCCCAUGAUCGGUGUAGGCCCUCGAGCACAACUACUCUCCCGUCUCGGUGACUCUCUCCUCCAAAAUCCAGAGAUAUUCGGCCCCUCAGGACGUCCUGGAAACCUCGUCGACCACGUCAUCAACUCCGCCGACCCAGGUAGCAAAGAACUAGACUACCGCGUCUUCUGGAUGACUUUGCAAAAACUCCUUAUUCCCAUCUGGCCCAAAGAACGUACGCAGAUCGAUGGCACUCCCAUUGGUGACGCAUGGCCUCUAGCUGUGCUCCAAAGACAGAGUGAUGGUAAAGAUGUGAAGGCAGCCAUCCAGCCUUUCCACAAACUUACUCAGUGGUUGGCUUAUUCGCUUAUGGUACCUUUCGUACGCAUCAUGGGCUAUUCAUGGCGCAACGCGCAUCUCGGCACCGGAUUACCUGAAUACCGCAACGGAGGCCUAUUUAUCGACUUGGGCGUGCUUACCCUAAAACCUUCUGCUCUUUCGCGCGGUCUCUCUACUUCUGGACAAAAGCUUCCAAUGUUCAAGGAUAGUGGAGAUGAGAUUGUGGAGUGGAGGGCUUUGACAGUAGCACUUUUGGAUGAAGUGUAUAAGAUUGUUGAGAAACAGAUGAGGGAGAAGGGAGUACAGUUUAGUAUGGCGCAGAUGUUGGAGGCUGGAAGUUGGAAAGCUGGGAGGGAGUUGGCGGCCGAGAGGAGGCCGGAGACUAAAUCUAGUCCUAUCUUGAUUGAUGGUGAUGGUACGUUGUUCUGA